AUGGUUGACCCAGAAGUUCUAGAGUUCCUGAAUCUGGAGCCUCAAGAAGCCCUGGAACCUGCAGUGGAAAUAUGGGAUUCAGAGAUUCCAUCACUGGAUAUGACUGUAUUCCGACGCAAUAUUCCGGCUCCAUCACAAAUGGGUCCAGUCCUGGGGAGAAGCUCAUAUAUUGACGAUAUAGCUCAUGGGGCGUCGACCUGGGAUCAUUUAUGUGAGGUCCUGGACGCGUUGUUAUACAGCUGCGAAAAAUUAUUACUCUCUUGCCGAAGAGUGAAUCGGAAAGUUGACUACCCAUUCCUUUCUCAUGAAGUGAGUGCAGACGGAAUCAGAGCCUUGCCGAAGAUCGUCAAAGGCAUAGAGGACUUACCCUUUCCAUCAACUUACAAAGGGGUACAGUCCUUCUUAGGCAGUCUGAAUUACUACAAUAAAUUUAUUGAGAACUUACCAGUAGUUGCCGCUGUGCUAUACGAACUGGACGAAGAGCUCGUACGUGCUGGACGGAAUCUGGAAGGCGCGAAGGAGUCCUUCGAGAACUGA